CUAAAAUAUCUUUGAAACCACUGUUUCCUUUACUUUUUUUUUCGUUCUUCACUUCUUCUCCAUCUUCUUCUCGGAUCUAGGUUUCCAUAAUCCAUUAAAAUCAGAAACUAUUUCCCGCCCUUUUUCUAACCAGAGAACCCAUUACCUUCUGCGCAUUUUCUUCUCAUUUUUUUUUCUUCUUUUGGUGCCGUUAUAAAAUUACUAAGAAAUGUGGGUUUUCUGUGAAGCUGAUGAUAACAUUCGUUAUGUUAAUAAAGUAGAAGAAAAGCUAAUCGAAGAAGAAGAAGUUGAAAGAAAUGGAGAGUUAUUGUUUUGUGGUGGAACCAGUUGGGAUACCUUGAGUAAUUAUGGACAUCCAAAUAAUACUCAUGGAAAUUUGAUUUCUCCUACUCGAUUAACACCUUUAAUUGGUGUUAACAUUCGUUAUGUUGCUGCUGGUUGCGCAUCUAGCCAUUGUGUUGCACUGGAUGUCGAAGGUCGUGUUUAUACGUGGGGAAAGAAUAAGAGGGGACAAUUGGGACAUGGCGAUAUGAUUAAUCGUGAUAGGCCGACAAUUGUAUCUGGACUAUCAGGACACAAAAUAAUCAAAGCAGGCGCAGGUAGAGCUCAUACAGUGGUAGUGACUAAUGACGGAAAGUCCUUUGCAUUUGGCUGGAAUAAGCAUGGACAAUGUGGAACAGGUUCAGUAAGGACUGAAUUUCAGCAGUCACCAGUUUCUAGUCAAGUUUCAGAAGUCACAAAUGUUGUAUGUGGAGGUGAUUUUACUGUGUGGCUGUCAUCUGUGGAGGGAUCGUCCAUAUUAACUGCAGGUCUUCCACAAUAUGGUCAACUAGGGCAUGGGACAGACAACGAGUACAAUACUAAAAGUAGUGCUGUGAACCUUGCGUAUGAAGCCCAACCUCAUCCAAAAGCAAUAGCCGCCUUUGCAGGGAAAAAAAUUGUCAAAGUUGCAUGUGGAACAAACCAUACAGUUGCUGUGGAUUUUGAGGGUGUUGUUUACACGUGGGGUUAUGGUGCCUAUGGAAGAUUGGGGCAUAGAGAGCCGAAAGAUGAAUGGACUCCUCGUGUUGUAGCUCUCUUCCAAAAGAAGAAUGUUCUACCUCCCAAUGCAAUUGUUGCUGCUGGUGCUCAUAAUUGUGCAGUCACUGCCGGUGGAGGGCAAUUAUACAUGUGGGGAAAAUUGAAGGUUGCAGGCGAAGAUUGGAUGUAUCCGAAGCCUCUUCUAACUUUAAGCGGCUGGAAUAUUCGUUGCAUGGGUUCAAGCGCCACACACAAUCUUGUUGGUGCUGAAAAGUCGUGUAUAAGUUGGGGUAAUGCUCAGUAUGGAGAGCUUGGAUAUGGUCCUGAGGGACCAAAAACUGCAGUCAAUCCCAAAAAAAUUGAUGUCCUUGAGGGUAUGCAUGUAAUGAGUGUCGCCUGUGGUUCAUAUUAUUCAAUGGUGGUGGUUGAUAGAACAAAUGUUGGUGAUAAGCUUGAUCAGCUUGAUGUUUAUGAUGGUAAAGCUUCUGAAGAAGGGACUGCUGAAGCCAAGGCUAAAAGUCCUGCACCAAAGAAAGGUGGUGCUGAAGCGUCAUCCAAAAGGAAGAAGUCUAAAGAUUCGUCAGAGUCUACCGAACCCAAGGCUGUUUCUCCUGCGCCCAAGAAAGGUGGUGCAAAAGCUUCAUCCAGUAAAAGGAAGAAGAAGUCUACAGGUUCGCCAGAGUCUGAAAAUGAAGAGGAUGAGCGUGACGGUGGUGGCUGUGAAAAUGGAUCAGAUGAUGAUGAGAAUGGUCAUGUAGAAGAAAGAAAACGCGGUGGUGGUAAAGGAGGAAGAGGUAAUGGUGCAAAGUCACCUGCAGCCUCCGGACGUGGGCGAGGACGCUCUCCUUCUGCAGAAAAGAAAACCAGGAGAGGUGCUGGUGGAAAGAGAGGCAGGCCAAGAAAGUCGUGAGGCAAUUUUGCAUCUUCUCUUGAUUUUAACCCGAGAGAGAAGCAAUAACACCAACCAUAAUAAAUUGUAGUGUUAGUGUUUUGGCUUUAUUAGUUAAAGCAGGAUUUAAUUUCCUUGGCUCUCCAAUUUGUUAUGUUUUAGUGUUGCUGCAGAAAACAUACUCAAGUGCUUAGAAGUUCUUGCAGCAACACCUUGCCAUCACCCUUCAUUUUGAAUGGAAGUUGGGAAGUGUUAACUUCCGUCUUUAUAAUCUAACGGCUGUAGAUGAUAUAAUCUUACUUGAUGCAUUCAAUGAGCACAAAUCAUAU